CUCAAAUUCGAAUUACGGCAAAUCUCUCCUCUCUCUCUCUCUCUCAAUCGUGAAUUGCUCCGCCGGCGGUUGCUCGGUUGUUAUGGCGUUCUGCUGUCUCUGCGUCGUUUCGAGGAGCUAUUAUUGAAUCGAGCUGCAUUCGACGAUCGCUUCUAUGGCGUCGCGGUUUCUUCGCGAUACUUUCGAUUUGAUCGAUUUGUUCGUGAUUAUGAGUUUGGUUGCUGGAGAAACGGCGCUUUAUUUUCUAUAAAAGAAAAAAAAAAGGUUUCGCACUUUUGUUUUACCUUUUUUGAAAAACAAUUGUUCUGUUGGUUGAGAAAGUUUUGUCACUAAAAAUGGAGAGAAGUCGGUGCGGGAAGGCGAAAGGGAUUUCAGGCAUUGGAGGAGCUAAUCAUCUUCUGAAACACAAAGCUCCUACUGGCUUAUCUUUGGAAUCUUCUUAUUGUGAUGGAAGCACCAGAGACCAUAGGUUUCUGUUGGAGGUGGGGCAGGGCUCCACUAGACGAUCCCAUGCAAGGCCACUGGUGAAGCUAUUGGCAGAAAUGUACAAGGGAAUGAAACCCAAGAGAAAAUCAUCAAGCUUCAUCACUAGAUUGAUGGGUAGAGACCGGUGGCAAACCCAGGGACAUGUUGAUAGAAACCAAAAAGGUUUGUCUGACAGCUAUCUACAGAACAAUGGCCCUAUUGGUAUCCAAGAGAACAAUCCUAGAGGCAGUCACAGGAAUCAUGCUAUAGUUUUGGAGCCAUCAAACACUGAUAAGUAUGAAGGCAAUGCAAAAAUAUUAAUAUCAAAGAGAGAUUUUUCGUGUAAACGUUUGUUUUCUCAUCUGGAACGUAAAGAUGGCCUUCUUCUUGAUCCAAAUUAUCGCCACAGAGCUCAUACCUCUAACUUUCAACUUGAGCAGAAGAAUGCGGAAGUGAUGAGUGCAUCGGGUAUAUGUCUCCUGAAGCCAAACCUUAAGAACAUGCAGACUUCAGGAAGCGGACAUGAUGUGCCUGCAGAUAAAAACAGGAGAACUACAAGGAGGUUGAGAAAUGCUUAUGCCAAAUCCUCACAUACAAAAACUUCAUUGUUAAAAGGGUAUGACGGGGAUGAGAGUUCUUUUGAUGCUCAAGAAAGUGAUUCUGACUGUGAGCAGGAGAUGCUUGUAUUGCCAUCUAGAGAUUCCUUCUGGUCACGGAAAAAAUGGAGCAGAUAUCCAUCUUCUGGUUUAGUUGAAGGUGUAAACAGGAAGGCAAAUAGGAAACCAUCUGAGAAAUGGAGAAUUACUGAAAAAUAUCAAGACUUGGAAAUAGUUUUGAGGGAGAGCACAUCAGGUGGUUUGUUUUCUAGUCCUGGAGGAAGCAAAGCGCCCACUCCUUUGACUGCAAGGCCAAGUUUUGGUAUAUUAAACUCUCAACUUGGAAGCAAUAGGGGAAGUGUUAUGUUGGAAGACCUUUCGCGUAUCAGAAGUAUAGAUGGCUGGAAAGUUAAAAAUCAGGAAACUUCUGCUAGAUCAAGUUCACUUCCACCAGUAGCUAGCAGGAGCAACAGAGAAGGCACAUAUCAUGAUUCAUUGGCUGAAAAGAAUAAUCUUUUGUGUGGUGAGACCACACGAUAUUGCAGAAGAAAGGCUGAGAAGGGAAACAUGUGUUUCUCUGAAAAUGCUCACGAUACAAAAUCCAGGAGUGCAAAGCGUGUUCCUUGUCAGCAUAGAGAAACAUUAUACUUUUCAGCGCAAGCUGAGUUUGAGCUUCAAAUGGAAGCAAAUGUGAAGAACAUAGCUGGACAUCACUUCAUGUUUCAUUUUGAUGCAAAAGAUGAUGGCUGUGGGAGUACUGGAUCAAACAUAGUGGUCUCUGAACAUGAAAGUACAACUCUGUCUUUUAAAUCUUUUCCGUUGGAUUCUGAGCAGUCUUCAGGUAGAGAUGAAGACAAAGCUGCCAUCUGCGACGAAGAUGAUUCCUGUCUCCAGGAACCACUGGCGGCACCACCUGAAAAAGCUACUUCUUCACAGCCUCCCAAACCUGCUACUGAAUGCUCAAAAGAGGCAGCUGAUCGAACUAGCCCUGUUUCCGUUCUCAAUGUCCCUUUCGAAGAUGCAUCAUCUUUCUCGGAAAGUUUCAAUAGAAUAAAUGCUGCAUUCCAUGAGCUCCGGAUGCAACUGCAGCACCUCAACAUGGAUUCAAUCACAUGUCCUGAGGAAUUGGCUCUCCAUUCCCUGGAGAAAGUCAUUUUCCAUCUAUUAUUAAUCCUUUCAGAGGGAAGCGACACAUUCGACCCGGAAGGCUGGGAAGUGUCAUAUCUUCUUGAUGUUCUAAUCCACUCAGGCCUCCAAGAAUCCGGGUUUGACAUUCUCAGGCUAACAUGGCAUUCUCCCAACUCCCCUUUGAAUCCCAGAACUUUCAAUGAUCUCGAGAGGAAAUACAGCAACACCACCUCUGGUUCCAUACCUGAAAGGAACUUGCUGUUCCACCAAAUAAACUUAACCCUUCUCGACAUCUUCCAUCACCAGAUUGACUGGUUCCCAUGGGUGGCGGCUCCUGGAUUAGCUCGUGUGCGGAAGAAAGGGCCGGUUUGGAACGGGUUUGAGAGGAUGGCGAAGCAGGAAUGCGCAGACAUGAAUGUAGCAGAAAGAAUGAUGGAUAGGGAGAUGCAAUGGACAGACUAUAGAGGAGAAAUGGACAUUACAGGUAAAAAAAUUGAGAUUUUGCUGAUAGAUGAAAUGAUAGAUGAUUUUUUGGUGUCACUAUUGUGGGAUCAAAUUAAUUAUGAUUAAUUGGUUAGCUAAGCUUAGAUGAAAUAUUGUCACUGCUGAGAUCUCAAAUAAACACUGAUCUGUCUCUACUUUUGGUGGUUGAAAAAACUAAUUGAGAUUUAGGUACUAUUGAAUUUAUUUGUGAUUUUAUUUAUUU